AUCAAAAAUCCCUCCCAUUUUCAUUUAUCUAUAUAUAUAAUACACUCGCACAACAUGUUCUUGUAAGAACGUGAAAGUCUCUAUCUUUUUUGCUUUCAAAUUCGAUCGAUCGAUAUACCGUUCAAAGAAUCUGAAGAUGGAAAAAUCAGUGGCGACAACCGUAUCGGCCAUGGAUGCUUUCGAGAAGUUGGAGAAGGUCGGAGAAGGCACUUACGGGAAGGUUUACAGAGCCAGAGAGAAGGCCACCGGCAAGAUCGUCGCCCUCAAGAAGACUCGUCUCCAUGAGGACGAGGAAGGCGUUCCUCCCACCACUCUCCGCGAGGUCUCCAUCUUGCGAAUGCUCUCCAGGGAUCCUCAUAUCGUCAGGUUAAUGGAUGUGAAACAAGGGGUGAAUAAGGAAGGGAAGACAGUUCUGUAUUUGGUGUUUGAGUAUAUGGAGACCGAUCUCAAGAAAUUCAUUCGUUCCUUUCGUCAAACUACAGAGAAAGUUCCUCUCGAUAUCGUCAAAACUCUGAUGUUCCAACUUUGCAAAGGUGUCGCCUUUUGCCAUGGUCACGGGAUCUUACACAGGGAUCUUAAGCCACACAAUCUUCUCAUGGAGCGAAAGACACUGAUGCUCAAAAUUGCAGAUCUCGGGUUAGCUCGAGCCUUCACUGUUCCACUUAAGAAGUACACUCACGAGAUAUUGACUCUCUGGUACAGAGCUCCUGAAGUCCUUCUGGGGGCUACUCAUUACUCAACUGCAGUGGAUAUGUGGUCUGUUGGUUGCAUAUUUGCUGAGCUUGUCACCACACAAGCACUCUUCCCAGGAGAUUCAGAGCUUCAGCAACUCCUACAUAUAUUCAGGUUAUUAGGAACACCUAAUGAGGAAAUGUGGCCAGGAGUAAGUAAGCUAAUGAACUGGCAUGAGUAUCCCCAGUGGAGCCCUCAAAGUUUGUCCAAGGCAGUUCCUAACUUGGACAAGGAUGGAUUGGAUCUGUUGUCGCAAAUGUUGCAGUAUGAACCUUCAAAGCGCAUCUCAGCAAAGAAAGCUAUGGAACACCCUUACUUCGAUGGUCUCAACAAGAAUGCUCUAUAACUUAACGAAAACCACGAGUGGGAUUGGAUUGGGGGGUUGCUGCUAUUUGGUUUCUAACAGUUUGGGUCGGUUAUCCGUAAGCUUUCUGGGGCUGCCGAUGUGUUUCGUUUCUAACAGUUCCGGUUGUUGUUGUUGCUAUUUGCUUCUCUCAAGCAUUAUAUUCUAGUUACUUAAUAGUUGGUAUUGUAGGAACUUGAUAAAGUGUGUGUAGUACAAGUAAUAUGCAAAUUUUAAUUGCCUUAAAUUGCGAGACUAUUUCAUUUUAUAGUAAAAUGGAAAAUACUGCAAAUGUAACAUGCUCAUAUUCGUUGAAUGGUUAAUUAUAAUUUCUGGUA